AUGGGUGUGGAUUCUGUCUCUCAAAUAACAUCCGGUGUGAUGAGCUCGGCGAGGAUUCUCCCUGCCUCACAUGUCGGGGAUGGCAGCUUCAAUGUCCUCCGAUGGAGCAUGGCUCGUGAUGCCUCGACUAUAGAAAACGCGCAGCUGGCGGUGGUCAAAAACUCCCAUCCCAUAGUCCAUUGGAUGAAGCCUCUGGAUAACCUCAUUGCGACAGCCCACGAGCUCCUCGAUCCUCCACUCCCUCGCGCCAUCUGCUCCUCCCUUCUUCCCGCCUAUAUCGCAGAUCUUCCAUACCUGCCCUUCGAGGAUGUCCAGUAUCUAGCAGCCAAAGAUGUCUUUGAGUUUCCCGACGUGACACUGCGCAACGAACUGCUCAAGACUUUCGUUCACAAUGUCUACCCAUAUAUCCCGCUGCUGGACUUGCGGCCUUUCCUAGGCGCCAUAGCGUGCAACGACGGGAGCAAACCGGUCAGCUUGUUGCUGUUCCAUGCGGUCAUGUUCUCGAGUACGGCGUUUAUCGAACCGGAACAUCUCCAUCGCGCCGGAUACACCUCGAGAAAGGCAGCACGACAAGAAUUCUAUCAGAAAGCUCGGGUUCUAUAUGAUUUCGACGUCGAGGCAGACCGAGUAGUCGUGAUACAGGCUGUCCUGCUCAUGACCUACUGGCACGAGACGCCUGACGACCCAAAGAACUUUCGCUACUGGAUGGAGAUCGCCCUGUCACUCGCUGCAUCUACGAUCCAAGAUCUUGAAGGUCCCGACAUUACGCCAUCCACCUGGCAUAUAUGGAAACGACUCUGGUGGUGUCUGUACACCCGCGAUCGACUGGUUUCCCUGAACCUGCGACGACCAGCCAUCAUCCACGACGACGACUUCCACAUCCCCUACCUCACCAUCGACGACUUUGAAACCCACGCCUUUGACGAAGCAACCAUACAUGCUCUAGGAGACUGGGAGAUCCUCCGCAGCACGGCCCACCAGACGCAGCUGGCCCAGCUGUUCAUUGCCAAAGCCAAACUAUGCACGAUCCUGAGCGGCCUCCUCGCCCGAAACGCGCCUCCCACCGGCUCCUCCGACCAGCUCAUCUCCAUGACACAAUACACGCAGAACCUCGAGGAAUGGGAGGCCGCUCUCCCAGUGGAGUUGCGAUACCAGAGUCCUUCGAGUCAGAACCUGUCAAAAGUCGAAAAGACGCUCUUUGCAUACCGCGCCUGGCUGAAGUUGCUCUUCCUAAACGCAUCCAGCGCCAUCUCGCGUCACCAAAGCGCGCUGAGAUCGGCGACGCCGUCGCCAGAAAGCGAAACCGAAGCCGAGACGCUGCUGUCUGAGCAGCGGGUCCAGUCCGCCAUGCGGGCUAUUGCGCUGGUCGCGGAGGGGCUGUACCGAGCCGACGCGAUCCAUUAUCUGCCCACCACCACGGUAGGACUGCUGUUGCCUGUCCUAGCCAUCCAUAUUUUGAACAUCCGCUCCGGAAGCCCUGAUCAAUGGGCGAUUGGCUUCAAGUCGUUCUAUCAGUGCAUGCGGGUGCUGGAGCAGCUCAGCGAGGUGUAUAUGCUCGCUGAAUCUAUGGUGGCGUAUUUCGAAAAGGCGAUUUGUAGUCACAGUGACCCAAAGGAUGCGAAAAGUGUCAGCACGCCGCGGCUUCUGGAGGAGGUGUUGACGAGCGCGGAGCUGAAAUGCUUUGUGCACUUUGUUAGACGGGAGGAAACUGGGAUGUAG